AUGAGUGAGGAAUUCAUCGUUGACCAUGAGCGGGCCGCAAUGGCGACAGAAAUGUUUCUACAUUUCUGUGCCGCAACCACAAUGAAACAGAUCCGGGGCCUAUACUGGAACAUGCUGGACACUAUCGGCCUUCGGCCGGGCCCGUUGAACGAGUUUUACCCGAAGCUGAAGUCGACGAUUCGUGACUGGCGUGCGCAGGCACUGUUCAAGAAGUUCGAUGCCCGCGCCGCCCAGAAGGUGUACAGCAAGGGCAAGGCCGCCAGCAACACACGCGUCCUGAUCGUCGGCGCGGGCCCGUGCGGUUUGCGUACGGCGAUCGACGCUCAGCUUCUCGGUGCCAAAGUGGUUGUGGUGGAAAAGCGUGACAGAAUUAGCCGUAACAACGUUCUGCAUCUGUGGCCAUUCAUCAUACACGAUCUAAAAGCGCUCGGUGCGAAAAAGUUCUACGGCAAAUUUUGUGCCGGUUCGAUCGAUCACAUCUCGAUACGGCAGCUGCAGUGCAUACUGCUGAAGGUGGCCUUGCUGCUCGGCGUGGAAAUGCACGAGGGCGUCUCGUUCGUGAAGGAGAUCGAACCGGGUGACGGGUACGGGUGGCGCGCAUCGGUUUCACCGGAGGAUCACGCCGUGUCGCACUACGAGUUCGAUGUGCUGAUCGGUGCCGAUGGCAAGCGCAACACGCUCGAGGGAUUCCAGCGCAAAGAGUUUCGCGGCAAGCUGGCCAUCGCCAUCACGGCCAACUUCAUCAACAAGCGCACGGAAGCGGAAGCGAUGGUGGAGGAGAUUAGCGGCGUAGCAUUCAUCUUCGAUCAGCCAUUCUUCAAGGCACUGUACGAAAAAACUGGUUGCGAUUUGGAGAACAUCGUCUACUAUAAGGACGAUACGCAUUAUUUUGUGAUGACGGCCAAAAAGCAUAGCUUGCUACACCGGGGUGUGAUCAUAAAGGAUUUGAGCGAUCCGGCCGAACUGCUCGCACCGUCCAACGUCGACAAACCGAAGCUGUACGAGUACGCACGGGAUGCAGCCAACUUCGCCACCAAGUACCAGAUGCCGAACUUGGAAUUUGCCGUCAACCAUUACGGUACACCGGACGUGGCCGUGUUUGACUUCACCUCCAUCUUUGCCGCACACAACUCGUGCAAGGUGACGGUGCGCAAGAACUAUCGGCUGCUGUCCUGCCUGGUGGGCGACAGCCUGCUGGAACCAUUCUGGCCAACCGGUUCGGGAUGUGCACGAGGUUUUCUGUCCAGCAUGGAUGCAGCGUACGCGAUCAAACUGUUCGCCAACCCAAAGAACAGCCUGCUGGCGACGAUCGCCCAGCGGGAAUCAGUGUACCGUUUGCUGGGGCAGACGACGCCGGAAAAUCUGAACCGCGCCUUCGGUGCCUACACGCUGGACCCCUCGACACGCUACCAAAACCUCAACAAAUCAUCGGUACAGAUUGCCCAGGUCAAGCAUCUAUUGGACACGGACGAUCUGGUGCUGUUGGAGCAAACGUUCUUCGAUAGUAAUGCCAUCGCUUCCAGCGUUACGCCCGCUACCGAACUGCCAAUCAAGCGCAAGCGACGAACGGUCGAUGUGGUACCGCUCGGUGCCACGCUGUUGCGUUGGCUCAAGUCGCAACUGAAGGAUAACGGGUUUGUGCAGGAAUUGAACGAGCCAGGGGAAUGUUUCACUAACGGAAAGGUGCUAUGUACGCUCAUCCAUCGCUACCGGCCUGAUUUGGUUAAUUUAGAGGAGUUGACCGACUUCAGUGCCGAUGUGUGCAAUGAACAUGCGUUCAAUAUUUUCGAAAAUCAAUUGGGCAUACCACGCGUAAUGUCUGGCCAAGAGUCAGUAACGUUAUCGGGCGUGGAUCCAAAGGUGUGGCUUAACUAUCUCGAACAGAUAUGUGACGUGUUCCGUGGUGAGAUACCGCACGUGAAGCACAUCAAGCUGGAUUACGCCGAGUUCAAGCAGAAGCAGGAAUCCAAUGUCGAUGCCUGGGCGAAGUUGGGACGUAUGGCCGCGGUCCAACGUAUGGCAGCGAUCGCUAGCGGUGUCCGGCCGCCCGAUGGCGAUCCCGGCACGAAAGAUAUCGUCCCGGUGGCAACAUCGUCCGCUACGUUUGCGUCGCGUGGGAACGCGAAGAACUACUACCAUCCGAACGCGGAGGAGGAACGGUACAAGCGGGGCCACGGUGGGGUUGCCUCGCCACAGAACGAUACGAUGCGCCGUAUGCGCAAACGCCGUAGCAACGAGAAGUCCGGCAAUAUCGAGGAGCGGACACGGCGACUGCAGGAAAUAGAGGCGAAUCGGCUCGACCGUCAGUCGAAGCGCCGGGAACAGCGCGCCCAGCAAACGCACAACUUCUAUAAGAGCAUCCACAUGCUGCAGGCAAACACGUUGCUACGCGAAAGCGAUAGCCCGGGUGCGUUCGAAGAUUAUUCGCUCUACCUGUACCGCCAGUCGGCACCGGAAUUUAACGAUCGUGUCCGCGAGCUCGAGUUGAAGCUGCGCUAUCCCGAUCGUGAUCGGGGUCUAGCAGCAGCAUAUCCACGCGGAUUAAACGAUGGCGAUCAGUUCAGCGACCGUGUCCGGUCGAUGGAGCAACGGAUCGAUGGCAAAGCGUUGCCGGUGGUGGAAAAGAAACCGAAGGAUUUACUGCGUGCAAUCGGCAAGAUCGACAGCAGCGACUGGAACGUGAAGGAAAUCGAGCGCAAGAUCGAACAGUCCAAGAAGACGACCGAUAUCGGCAAAAGCCGCGAACGGGUGCCGAACUGGAACCGGGAGCAGUUUCUGGCCCGCCAGAAUCGCUUGAUGCAGCCGCAGGACGACGAGAAGUACAAGGAGAUCGACAGCUCACUGAAGGCGAUCGACAAACAGCUGAAGGAGGGCCACAAUCUGGAUCUGGGUGAGCGGGGCAAAAAUAAGGUCGCUCUGAUUGCUGGCCAGUUGCAAACUUCUAAACAAGCCCAAGCGAAACAUCAACAGCAGCAGCAGCAGCAGCAGCAGCAACAACAACACCAACAGGUACAGCAGGCUCAAAAGUCGAACCAAAAAGCGCUGGUCUUGACGGCAAGCGGUGUAGCUGAGAAGUGUCAUUUCUGCAAGCAGCGUGUCUAUUUGAUGGAAAAAAUUUCCGCAGAAGGAUUAACGCUGCACCGUUCCUGUCUGAAGUGUCAUCACUGCCAUACGAUUCUACGCCUCGGUUCGUACGCGUUUGAUCGGGAUGAUCCCGAGGGACGGUUCUACUGCACGCAGCAUUUCAAGCUGCCGGCAAAAUCACUCAAACCAGCCUCGCGCAAAUCGCAAAACAAGCCGCGCAUCUCAGGCCCUAUUAUUGGACGUGUAUACGAUGCAAGCGAUGCGGGCGUUCGGGUCGGUACAAUCGGUACGAUUACAGCCACCCCAGAGCAGGGUUCGUCCACGGUGGACUAUCUCGCGCGCAACCGAACGCCCGAUAAUGAUGAUUCGGACGGUGAGGCGAAUAUGGAGGUGAUCGAUGAGAACGAAUGGACCGACCGUAACUUUGGCACCGAAUCAGAACUCUCCGAGGCGGAGCUGUCCAGCUCGGACGAAUCGGACACGGACAGCGAGUCGGAUUAUGAAGAAACGGCAGGUUCACCACUGGGCGCACAAACGCUGCAGCUUGCUUCGGAAUGGAUCAGCGACAAACGGUUCUCGAACAUGGUCGAUAGUGAUGCCGAUUUCUACAGCUACUCCAGCGAAGAUGAUGAUGCUGAAUCACAAACGGAGGGUGAAGAGUUGGCUCGUGCUCGCGAGAUGCGCCGACAGGAAGUGAAACUGAUGCCACCACCCACACUUCCAACCGAUACCGAAACUGAGGUCGCCACCGUACAGAAAGUUUGCGAGAGUAAAUUCAGUGAGGUGCCGAACGCGGGGUCGGCCCCUUCGGUGACGCACAAAGCGCCGGAAGAGAGCGUCGAGGAUCGUGCGAUUAAGGAGCGCAUGCUUAAGAAGCUGAGCGUGCGCGAACAGUGGCUGCACGCGCAAAGUUCCUCUCCUGACCAUGGUGAAUCGAAAUUAGCGGCAACAGAGGCAGCAACAACCGGUGGUAGUGAUGCGGGCAAAGUCAAAAGUACCUCCUUCUUCGGUGGGCUCAUGAACAGCUUAUCUACACUCAUCAAACCGAAAUCACAGAACUCACCACCAGCAAGCACACCAUCCCCACCUCCACAAAAAGUGUCUCAACCGGUGUCACAUACGCUUGUAUCACAAUCGCCAUCACUUUCAUUGCCUGUCGCAACACAAUCGACUUCGGGAUGUACUUUCACAGCAGGAUCUACACCACCAACCACUGCAAACACCGGUGCAGGUCACUACCAAGCUGCUAUUCCACCGUCUCCAAAACCAUCGUUGAAGGGUGAUAAGAUCGUACCACCGUCGCCGGUGGGAUCGGUAAAGCAUUCAAAAACCAUACCAUCAUCACCGACGCCGUCGCUUAAAAAGCAUCGCAAACAUGUGAAAUCAGAUGCCUCACCGUCGCGCAACAGUGAGCGGGAAUUCGAACGGCUGGUACAGGACUCUACCAGUCAGCUGUCUUCCUCCCCUCACAGCCAACGUUCCGGGUCAGUUCUGAGCACUGCCAGCCGGUCUAGCCGGCAGCGUGCGACACCGACCAAGGACUCGCGUGAUGAUGCCGAUGAAUUUCUACGCCAGAUCAAGCAGGAACAGCUAGAAGCAGAAAAGCGUUCCAAAAAGCAAGAAGCGAAAAAGUUCAAAAGUAACAUGCAAUCGAUACGAUCCGCCGUUGACGGAGGACCCAAAGUGGUUGGAGUUAAAAGCGAACAGGAUGUGGCGAAGUUCUUUGCGGAAAAUCAAAAAGCUCAGGCAACUAAGAAACCUAAACAGCUUCCGAACAAGGACGUAACAGCGUUGCAAGCGAAUAGUUUGGCUCGUUAUUUCCCGGGUAGCUCUGGUGCAAAGACUAGCACCACCGGUACACCGUCGUCGGUGUCGAGUGUGGAAGGUUCACCCGCCUUAGGUCGCAAGAAACCGAGCGAGGUGGACCUUCUGAAGUAUUUCGGACCAGCCGGUAAUGGCAAGUCGAAUACAUCCUCAACGCCACCGUCGUCGGUAGUGUCGCCGGUUAUUUCACGCAAGAGCAGUAUUGAAUCACCGGGACCAAUACGCAAAACGAUUACCAGCGCCACUUUAGCGCCAAAGCCACCCGUUGUACCUUUGCCGCCGAAGAAAAACAUUCUUGCGUUUCAGCCGAUCAGAAAAUCGAAAACCGAAGUCACUAUACAGGCGACAGAGCCGAAAAAGAAUGUUCUCGCUUUCCAACCAAAGGCACCACAACCCAAAGCGAAUACAACACCGAAACCCUCCGGGUCACCAAAAAUGGAGGUGAAGAAAAUCAGUCCUUUGUCCACAAGUUCCAAGGCGACGCCACUUGUCGAUCCAGAUGAGCAACUGUUUGAAGAUCUUCUGCAAGAUGUAAACGAUGAGCUGGUUGAAACGUUUGAUACGAUAGUGGAAGAGUCAAGAUCGAACAAAUCGAGUCCAAAAGAGACGAGAAAGAAUAAAGCACCGGCUACUGCAACACGCAAGCAAUCUCCAAAGAAAUCCAAGAAACAAACUGGAGGUGCCUCUUCUACGGAGGUAAAAGCCACCACCGUUACGGGACAGAGUGUGCCAAAAAUGACCAUCAAAAGGCCACCGUUUAAGAUAACGAUGCCAGUCAAGAUGCAGGAAACGCUCGAGGAAAUUUAUCUUGCCAGCCUGUCUAAGCUAGAUACACGUUCAUCCUCACUGAUUGAUCUUACCAACCUCACAACAUCGACGGAGACGGUGGAAGCAUCUGGUAGUAACAUUGUACCAACACAGUUAGGUAAAGUUUUGGAAGAGCCUGAACGAGAGACGCGUCAAAAGUCAAGUUCGCCAUUGGCGGCGAACUCCUUUUCCGCGGCCUCCCGUAACGGCGACAGUGUUGAACUUACUUUGCAGCCCUUUCAGGCCCCCCAGCAACAACAGAAGCAGCAAACGUCGAAAGCACCAGCGAACCGGCAAGCGAAAGAUGCGAAAGCGAUGCCGAUACCGCCAGCGAAGACCACGAGGAAGGAGAACAGCACGUCGACGAUCCCAACAACAGCGAAACCGGCAACAACGACGACGCUGGAAGCGAAGUCGGUGAAUGGUCCAUUGGAACUGGCAGCAGCAAAUCCGAAGGGUGGCAGCCCGGUGAGCUUGGCAGCGAAUCAAGCCACUCCGCCAUCGGUUGGAACGCCAGCAGCUUCGAGGAAAGUUAUUUCUAGUGUGCAGAUUUCGUUAAAACAGUCGGCACCAGCUAUUCCACAGGAAUCGAACACUAAACAGCGCGAUAGUACAUUGAGCACUGAUUCGAUGAAGGUAGCUGCUACGAAACUUCCCGUCUCGAUGCAGACGAAACAAAUACAGCAUGAUAUUAAGCAAGAUCCAACGCAUAAAAAUGUCACAUCGAGUUCGAUUGCGAAGAAGAUUGAACCGACAUCUUCGCCACCUGUUGUUAAAUCUGCUUUCACGGCCGUGUCUAAGGAUCCAUUGUCCCAGAAAUCUAUCUCCAUGUUAGAGUUGCACCGUACGCCAACAGUGAAGAAACAGGAAGAGAAGUUAGAUACAUCCACCACUAUUUGCAAUGGUUUUGCUACACCCAUCGCAAAGAGAAAACAACAGCCAGCAGUAGAUAAAAAGGCUAACAAACCAGUACCGAACAAGCAAGACUCUUCUCCCGAUGUAAAGCAUCAGAAGUCCGAGGAAAAGGAUGGAAAUAAACCAACUAAACCGCAAGCCCAAUGUACACCAUCACCGCAAGAAUUGAACAAGUGUGUGGAAAAUGUCUCGGACAAGAAUUCUAACGAUGGAAAAGGUGUCCCGCCUUCAACUACACAAACGCCACAUGCUCGUUCUCGUACACUAUCAUCUGACGAACAGUGCUUUGAGGAACUUCGCAAAAAGCAUGAAGCUCUUUUUGCAAACCAGCAAAAGGAACAACCACAGGAAGUCGUAAAGCCUCCUACACAGGGAGCUGCUAUCGCAACGACGCCAAAAACGCUCUCGGAUGUGCGAAACUCGCUUAUAGCUGCACAACCGGUCGCCAGCGUAACAACCACAUUGGAAAUGGACGAGCGUAUUGAUCCCCACUAUCGGGAGGGUAUUAAUCAACUGAUGAUGGAGCUGAUGCCAGGUGUUGCGCUAGAUACGGAUGUACCAAUACCAAAGCAGCGCCAAAAAUCCUCCUUCCAGAAAGAGCUUCAAAAGCUUCAGCGAGCGAAUUCCAACGCUGUGUGUGGUCCGUCAGCCGAACCGCCGAAACCUUCGCCAACUAAUGACACCGAAUAUAAGAUGGAAGUGAUCCGGACGGCAAACACUGCAAAGUCAAUCGGUUCGGAAAAACGGCAAGGAAGUGAAGAAAAAAUGCAAAUACGCCUUGAGCGCUCAACGCAAAUUAAGGAACAGUAUGCGAAACCAACAAAUGUAUUGCCAUCCUCUGUUCCAUCCAAUGCUGCUAUUACCAAUGCCAAAAAGCAAACCUUCGUUAUGCCAAACGUACCUUUGGAUAUUGAUAAACAUCGGGGUAUUCUAAGUCGAGAUACGGUGCCAAGUAAGAAACAAGAGAUUAAAGACUUUGAUGAUUUGUUGGAAAAAAUUGAUGAUGAAACCGCUGCGACAGUAGAUAUUGAUUUAGACGAGUUGCUAUCCGACGCAGAUGAAGUACCGAAAAAGAAUGUCAUUAGUUCUGCACUUGGUGAAACUAAGAUUCCAGACAGAAAAACAGAAGUGUCUAGAGCGGAUAAACAGGGUCAAGUUAAGAUGGAAUCGAAAACGUAUGGAGGAACAAGCAGUAAACGUAUGGAGGCUCCUGCUUCGUCUAAACCGGUAGACAAUGUCAAUACGAAGAGUAGUGUAAAUACCAGCUCAAACCGUCUGUCGGAAGCAAAGUUGAACGAAACUAUCUCACAGUUAACGGAAAAAAUGAAUCAAGCACGUAAACCCGGUAAACCAACUUCAUCUCAAGCAGAGCGAAGCACUGAAUCGGAACACUCAAAGGAUAUGUUUACGAGCCUGUUCAACAGUACCGAUGCGUCCCAAACUGAUUUGGACUUGUUCGAGGAACUGUGCAAGAAGGAGGAUCCAGAACCGAAGCGAAAUCGAUCCGAUUUAGUGGACAGUUCUACCAUCGCACGAUCAUCAGGAUCGCCUACUGCUGCCAUAAUGCCCGACGUGAUCAGCUCCACGAAAAAGUCUUCCAUCGAGGAACCGAAGGCGAUGAAGAUUCUCGAAUGUAUAGACACACUUAAGCAAGGUGCUAAUGCCUGGAUGAAAGUGGACAAUGUUAUUCCAACCAUAGUACCACUGGUAGUGCCACCUCAAGAGAUACAGGUGUACACACUCCAUACAUCGCAGGAAGAGGAGAAAGACACUCAGCCCCAACCUUCAACGCAGGGUAUGUCGGGCGAUUAUGCACACAUCCUGAAGGACAUAACGUCCGGACUGGUAGGAGCAGAUUUUGCAGCACCGGUUGUGUAUGAGCCGCCUGUACGCGAGGAACCAACGCCACGAAAGGAACGCCACGAUUUUCAGGCAUACAAACAACUGCUGGAAGAAAAAUCGUCCCGCGAGGAACCGAUCCCGAUGACUAGUGGCGUUACAGCGGUGGUUGAACCACAGCCACAGCGUCCUCUUCGGCGCCAGAAGAAGUUCGACCGUACCGACACUGCUUCGCCAGUCCGUGCGUUCGACAACUCCAUCUGUAUUGAUCCUUGGCGUGCACGAAAAUCGGCCAGCAUCGAGAACAUUGCGAUCGAGCAGGUGUUUGUGAAGCAGAACGAUGCGGUAGUGGACACGUUCUUUGUUGUACCGGAAACCAGACAGCAGUCCGCACAACGCUCGUCUAAAUUACGCCGUUCGAAAUCGUACGACCGUCUUGCGGUACCGAUGAGUGGCCAAAGACGCGGUUCUAUGAAACAGAAACAAUCGCUCGAAGAAUUGCGCGACUUUGGAUACGAUGUGGAGCCAUCAGCACGGUCACGCCAUUUGGUUGAUCCACGACUCCGGCACAUUGAGCUCGACCUCGGUUCGGAUGAGGAGCUUGCGAGUCUCCGCGACCAUCCCGCAAGACGCUGGCAGACUGGUGCUAGUAAAUUCCGCAAGAACAAGUCUAUGACGGACGUGGCGUCUGGGCGUUCCGCACGUGGUAGAGAUACCCGGGCAGUAGAGCCACCUAAGGUGGACAUCGAUCGUGAGUCACCAAGACCUCGCACGACCGACUUCUCCAAAUGGGAAGCCAUUCUCGAUAGAGGGGUCACGUAUUACGAGGGUGGAGCGAAACCGAAACCGGAUAUUAAAAGCUUGGAAAAGCGAAUCGAAGACUUGGACGUGCGUCGUGCUCGUCCGUUGCGUAGGAAAGCGAUCCCGAAAGACUACGAUCCGGACGAGUACGUGCCACGGAUCAAUCGCCGAGGAGCUGAUCUGUACGAAUAUCCCGAUCCAACUCUUCCACGUGACUACGAUCCGGAAGAGUACGUGCCAAAGCCGGCUCGUGCGCAUGCCCUUCCAUCGCCUCCGGGUCAGCCUCUGCCACGGUCAUAUGAUCCGGAUGAGUACAUCCCAAAAGCCAACAGACGGGAACCACCCUGUUACGAAGUCCCGGUUGCGAUACAGCGUACCCCAGCGAAAUACUAUAAGGACGCAUACUACCCGUCGGAUGAGAUGCCGGUCCAUUAUGCGGGACCUUCAGUGCCUCUAGGUCGAUCCAAGACAGCCACACACGUGCCAACAACAAGUGUAGCAGCGCCAAUCACUACCGCUGCAGGCAGAGGAGGAUACGAACGUGAACCUCCGUCGCGUGAUAUUGCACGCUCGCAAUAUUCCCGCCGAUACGAUGCAGAGGAUCGUCACAUCGUCGAUCGUAGCCAUAGGCUGCACGAGAAGACGAACAAAUUCAUACGCACCCAGCUGACGCGGAAUGAUCCGAACCCUUAUAUACGCGAAAUGAUCGAGAAUGAUAGCGACGACGAUUACCACUAUCCCACGACUAGUGGAGCAGCCGGUUAUCACCAUCAACGACCUGCACUGAGCAGCACCUCAAGCAGUAUGGCGUAUGGAACUGGAUCGACGUACGGUAGUUCUGGGGCAGCCGCUAUGAGUCGUAUCCAGACUAAGGCCAUCACACAACCGUCGCGCAUGCUCCAGUACAGUGGUCGCAAAGAAUAUCCGACGACCUCGACCAUAUCUGGCACCGGUAGCCGAUCAGGUGCCGGCACCUACGACCAUCGUCGCCGUGGUGGUGGUGGAGUUGAUCCAUCGCGUACACGCGAGAACUGCAAUAUUUCGUAA